UGGAUUUUUGCGUUUUUUACGCAGAAUUUUACAUAUUUUUGCACAAAGAUUUCACACUUCUUUUAACACACUUUCUCAGGGCCGUAUGCACAUUUUCUCCUCGUGUCUUCGUUUCACAAACAGCUGCCUUUAAGGAUGGAAAAAAACACAUUUUUCAUUUUUUUGGUUAAAUAAAAACAAAAGUUAUAGCUCAGAAUCAGCCAACAAAGGUAGAAAUAUUAUUUAUUUUUCUGGCUGUCCUUUCCCUCUUACGUUAUUUGUCUCCGUUUAUUUCAGAUUUAUUGUUCAAAUUUAACACAAACAUCCUCAUUUUUUUUAUUCCUGUCUCAAAAUAAUCUCCUUCUUCCUGCUCAUGAGGAAGUUUUCGCUGAAUCGAUCUCCAAACGUCGUCUCGUUGGCACUGAUGCGCUGAUUGAUGAUGCGAGGCGCAGCAGCGCUGCGGAGGCUGGUGCAGGCCCCUUCUUGGUUACCUUUUUUUUUGUGCGUCGUUUUCAUUGGUCAGGAUCCUCUUCCUCGUGCCUCGGCGUGACAUCACAUCCACCCCGACUCACAGGAAAGCAACAGAGAUUACAGAUGAUGCUGGACAUCUCAGAGGACGCACACGCUUUUGACGCUUUUACGCACGGUCUGCUCGCUGACCUUUCUCUCCUUCUUCUCCUUCUUUUUUUUGCGCUUCCAGGCAUCAAAGUUAAAGGAUAUCUACUUUGCGGUUUUGGAGAGUGUGCGUGUUGAAAAGUUGGAGGAGGACUCUGCUUGGAUUCUUUUUUUCUUUUUUUUUUUUUUGGAGAUGAGUCGUGCGUAAAAAUCUGCUAAACCCGUUUCAGAGAAGACCUGUCACUCUCCCCCACCUGUUGGCAGGUGGUGUUGGCUUCACCCGCGGAUAUCUACUAUGACAUUGGGUUUGGAAGUAAUGGAGGAUAUUGUUAUCGACGUAGUAGGGGAAGGACUCAAAGACAGCGCGGAGGAGCAGCUCUUACCUUUGGAUGAAUCGCGGAGUCGCACCGAGACGUCCAGCAGCCAAACGAAAGAGUCCGACAGUCCGGCUAAGACCAAAGGACCCACGUCGGUGAAGCCUCCGUACUCUUACAUUGCUCUGAUAACCAUGGCUAUCCUGCAGAGCCCGAAGAAGAGGCUCACCCUCAGCGAGAUCUGCGACUUCAUCAGCCACCGCUUCGCGUAUUACCGGGAGAAGUUCCCCGCCUGGCAGAACUCUAUCAGGCACAAUCUGUCGCUCAAUGACUGCUUUGUAAAGAUGCCCAGAGAGCCUGGAAACCCCGGGAAGGGCAACUACUGGACCCUGGAUCCGAACUCCUCGGAUAUGUUUGAGAACGGGAGUUUUCUGCGGCGGAGGAAGCGCUUCAAGCGGCAGCACUUUCGCUUCGACCCGCUGAAGGAGCAGCACCUGGAGCCGAGCGGACUUCACGGCUUCCCGCCGUACGGACUCGGAGCUGCUGCUGCAGCCGCUGCGGCUCUCCAGCUGCCCAGUUUGGAGUUAUACCCCUACCUCCAUCACCACCAUCACCACCACCACGCGCCGUCACCGUCCGCCAUCCCACCUGUCAGCAGCAUCCUGCCGGCUCUCUCCAGCUUCUUCUCCCGCAGCGCGCUCACAGCCAAGGCGUUCCUCCAAGCGCAACCGGGCAUGGACGCGUUCAGCCCGGCACAGUGCACCGUGCCGUACUCCUCCUCCUCUCCUCUGACCUCCAGCGUGGCCUACGCGUCCUCCCCCGCGCUCUUCCACCCCGCAGCGUCCCCGCACUUCCUCAGUUUACACCAGGAGUAUCAGAAAUUACAGACUCAGCGUGGCACCGUGGAUCUGACCAAACACAUCAACACGGCCAACAGUGACUGAUCAGUCAAAGCUGGACUCUGAACUUUUUCUCAGGUAACAGAGACGUUAAAAGAAUGUUGUAGAUAUGUUUAAAGACAAACCUCUCCGUCCUUCUCAACUUUACAAAAAAAAAAACAACAACCAACAAACACUUUUUUUAUUAUUUUGAUCCUGAAUUAUCAACUUUUGUUAAAAUAUUUAAAU